AUGUCGACAGGUUCUACACUUGUUCUUAUUCAGUCAGCUAUUACUCGUUAUGUACUUCCCGUAAUUCUUGCUUUUGGUAAUGUGGGAAAUUUGUGCAUAGCUGUAAUUUAUCUACACAAAAAGUUUCGAGCAAAUCCUUGUGGAAUCUAUCUGAUAGCUUCGUCGUUUUUUUGUUUAAUGGGUGCCAACUGGAGUAUAGUUCCAAUUCUGGUGGCACUCAAUAAUUACGAUCUGACAAACAAUUCCUUAGUAUUUUGUCGUAUUCGUGGCUUUCUUCUUCAGACAUGCGCCCAGUGCUUUCGUUUUAUACUUGUACUAAGAUGUGCUGAUCGUUAUGCUGUAUCUAGUGCCAACGUCUCUAUUCGAGCUUGGAGUCGACCACGAAUUGCAUAUCGUGGGAUUGCUGUUAUGGUAGUCGUUUGGAGUGUACUUUCCGGUCAACUUCUCAUUUGGGAAAGUAUCGAGGGUGGACGAUGUGGUGUGUAUGGAGUCUUCGGACAAGUAUUCGUCAUUUAUGGCACAAUUGCUGGUAGCUUGUUACCUCUUCUUCUAAUGAUUGUCCUGGGUAUUCUGCUUACGAAUAAUCUACGUAAACUACGCACACGGGUUCAACCACUUGGCACCAAUAACAACAACAACAACAACAACAACAACAAUAAUAAUAAUAAUAAUAAUAAUCGUUUGAAUAAACGAGAUAGUUCAUUAGUUAGACUUGUACUGGUAGAAGUAUUAGUCUACGUUGUCUGCACGUUCCCAUUUCCAAUCAUGCAAAUUUAUAAUCAAGCGACUGCAAGCAUGGCAGCGAGUAAAUCUACUGAACGAAAACAAAUCGAGGCAUUUCUUAAUUUCAUUACGAUGUCGUUUCUGGCGUAUUUGAUGUAUAGCACGACAUUCUAUAUUUACAUUACCACAUCCAAAGCAUUUCGAAACGAAGUCAAACAAUUAGUAUUGAUGCAUUUUCGAAAGUUACAAGGAAAUGCACGAAGUCAUGAAGAGAGGUUGGCCACUGUGGCUGGAGCGUCAAGAGGACAACAACCACAAGCCACUACAGCUGUCUAA